GUUCCCAGCGGCCCAGGGCGAGGGGUGGGUCUGGCUCUGCUGCAAGCCCUCCCACAACCGCCCUUCCCUCAGCCUCGCCGUCAGAGCAGCCAGGGUUGCAAUUUCCACCCUCUCCUCCAGCUGUCCAGUCCAUCAUCUGGCUGUGAGGCUCCUCACCUUUGAGGUGUACCAGCUCGGAAAGUGGUAGUGGCUUUUUUUUUAAAUCCCUGAUUCAGAGGAGGGGGCGUGGCGGAGAAGGGGAGAAGGAUGAGAAACACCGUUCUUCUGCUCUUCUUCUGGAGCAUCUUUUGUUGCUUUGCGGCAGGAAACUCCACACCCUUUGGUCCCGAGGGACAGCUGGAAGAUGAGCUUCACAAAUCCAGGGAGGUAAAGGCUGCAGCCAAACCCUCUGUGCAUUUUAACCUCCGGACCUCUAAGGACCCAGAGCAUGAAGGAUGCUACCUCUCCGUUGGCCACAACCAGCAAUUAGAAGACUGUAGCUUCAACAUGACAGCCAAAACCUUUUUCAUCAUUCAUGGAUGGACGAUGGGUGGUAUGGUUCAUAACUGGCUACACACACUUGUGUCAGCCCUCCAGACAAGAGAGAAAGAUGCCAAUGUAGUGGUGGUGGACUGGCUACCCCUGGCUCAACAGCUGUACAGAGAUGCCGUCAAUAACUCUAGGGUAGCGGGGCACAGUGUGGCAAGGAUGCUUGACUGGCUGCAGGAAAAGGAUGGUUUUUCUCUAGAGAAUGUUCACUUGAUUGGCUACAGCCUUGGAGCACAUGUAGCUGGGUAUGCUGGCAACUUUGUGAAAGGAACAGUGGGCAGAAUCACAGGUCUGGAUCCUGCUGGGCCCAUGUUUGAAGGGGUGGACAUCGACAAGAGGCUGUCUCCUGAUGAUGCAGACUUUGUGGACGUCCUGCACACCUACACACGGUCCUUUGGCUUGAGUAUUGGGAUUAAGAUGCCUGUGGGCCACAUUGACAUCUACCCCAAUGGUGGUGACUUCCAGCCAGGCUGUGAAUUCGAUAAUGUCUUGGGAUCGAUUGCAUAUGGAACAUUCACAGAGGUGUUAAAAUGUGAGCAUGAACGAGCCAUAGACCUCUUUGUUGAUUCCCUGGUGAAUGAGGACAAGCCAAGCUUUGCCUUUCAGUGCACAGACUCCACACGCUUCAAAAAGGGGAUCUGUCUUAGCUGCAGGAAGAAUCGUUGUAAUAGCAUUGGCUACAACACUAAGAAAAUGAGAAACAAGAGGAACAUCAAAAUGUACCUAAAAACCCGAGCAGGCAUGCCUUUCAAAGUGUAUCACUAUCAGAUGAAAAUCCAUGUCUUCAGUUACAAGAACAGAGGGAAAAUCGAGCCAACCUUUUAUGUCACCCUGUAUGGUACUAAUGCGGACUCCCCAGUUCUGCCUUUGGAAAUAGUGGAGCAGAUUGGGCUGAAUGCCACCAACACCUUCUUGGUCUACACUGAGGAAGACUUGGGUGACCUCUUGAAGAUCAAACUCACAUGGGAGAAGACAUCACCGUCCUGGUACAACCUGUGGAAGGAGCUUCGUAGCUACCUGUCUCAACCCAGCAGCUCUGCUCGGGAACUACAUAUCCGGCGCAUUCGUGUCAAGUCUGGGGAGACCCAGCAGAAAUUAACUUUCUGUGCAGAAGAUCCAGAGAACAACAGCUUUUCUCCUGGCCAAGAGCUCUGGUUUUACAAGUGUUGGGAUGGUUGGCGAGUGAAAGGUGAAACCAGUCCCACUGUGGAGCUUGCCUGAGGGGCUGGGAAGCCUGGCCAGCAUGUAUCUCAACCCUGCUGUCUACACGUGGAGGAAAGUUACUGCUGAGAACUCACCGGAAGAAGGACUCCUCUUAGCUUGAUCCUGGAGCCCCUGGGAGCUUGCUUGCCGGGCCUACCUUUGUCCCCUGAUGAUUGCAGCUUUUCUGUGGACAGGACAACUGUGCACUCUAGAUGAACUAUCUCUGAUGACACCUCUGGAGUUCAGUCUAGAUUUGUGUGCCAGCAGCAAAUGUUCAGGGUUCCCCCGUGAACAUUGGUGUGUCUCCUGGUUGCUGGUUGAGCCCAGGCUUUGCCUGACAGGGAAUGCUGGCUCUGAGGCAGCUUUGCGUGGAAGGCCGCUUCUCCUGACUUGAGCAUCAGUGAGUGGUCUUUCCCUCGGGAGCUGACUUGUAUCAGAAUGGCAGACCUGUUACCUCACUGGCCCAGAGAGGGGCCAUUAGAUCAGGCUGGUGCAAGGCCCUGCAAUGGGAGUUUCCAUGGGCUGGUUUGAUCCAUACUAGUUACAUCUCUUAGACAUUCCAUCCUACUCCCCAGCUCACCCUCUGAAGCACACAUCAUUGGCUUUCUCUUUUUUCCAUUAUUCAUAUUUUGAUUGAACACGUAUUUAUUGAGCACUAAAAUUAGUUAGCAUGUGGCAGUAGACACAGUACUCAACCUCACCAUUUGAAACCUGAAUAGGGUUUGGGGUUCCUAGAAUCCCGUCCAGUAUGUGAGAUGAAUAUGUGUGUGUGUGUGUGUGUGUGUGUGUGUGUAAAGACAGGUGUAUAGGGGGUGGGGAACUACAGGCUACAGGAGUCGGGAACCUUGUGGCUUUAGGUGGCUAUUACCUAUUUAUUCUUAAUGAUCAUGUGCCAUUUCCUCCAAAAGUGACAUGUUUAAUCCCCAGCAGAAUAUCAAGAAGAAUGUCAUACACUGAGAGCACAAUGGUAGCUGCUUAUUAGAUAUGAUUGCUUUGGAUCAAAAUCUCUGUUUUAGGAGCUAGAAGAUAUUACAUGUGUUCUACAAACCUAUUUAUGCAUAAGCCAGCACUUGUCAACAGCUAACUCUAAGAUUUGAUACAGUGCUCAAUUCUUCCCUGAAAUAUCUUGUUUUCAGACCAGUACCUUUUUUGUGUUGGACUUCUUAGAAAAGCCUCUGAUUCUAGACCUGGAUUUGAAUUAAUAAACAUGAUACCUAUGACACCUUUUUAUACUUUUCAUGUAUGUGACCUAAGUAGAAUGAGGUGAUCAGGGCCACUGUCAUUGUCUUUAUUUUACAAAAUUGAGGCUUAGUGAGAUUCAGUCACAUGCCUGGAAUUAUAUACUAAAUUGGUGGUGGAGCCAGGCUGAGGACCUAGGUUUCCUGGAGGCAAAGUUCAUGGUACAUUCAUCUUUUCAACUUCAUGAAGACAGGAUGCCCAGAUGUGACAAGGAAUAUUUUUUUCCCAGAGCCACCCAUAAAAUCCUACACUCUUUUAUUAAUAUACAACCAGGAGAAAACCUGUACCAAAGGGUUGGGUUUCCUUUUGGGUGAGAUUUAUUUGGGAGGAGGCAUGAUAUCAGGUGGGGAUGAGAGAGUGAUUAUUUUGUAAUUAGGUUUUUAAAAAACAUCGUAUUUAGGUUUUUAAAAGACAUUUUGCCAAAGUUAUAUCACUAUUUAAUGCCAAACUUCCAAAGACACAACCAGUCAAGUCUUAAUUCAAAGUAUGCUUUUAAUCUGCUUGUGUGCUUCUGUGAUUGCUUUCCAGCCAAAGUGAAACUUGUAUUACUGGCCAUCCAUCCUGGUACAUAUGACUUCUGUUUUUUUUAGUAAUGGAAACUUUGGGAACUGAAUCUUCAGUGGGUUGUGUAUUUAUGCAUUUUUACUUGAAGCUUAUUUGUAUAUAUGAUCCUUUUUAAAAUUCUACUUAAAGCACUAUUUAUUUCUCAAGUGUGUAUAAUGUAUAGAAACAAAUAUAUGGUUACUUUUUACUUUAAGAUUAACCAAUUUCAAGAUUUAAAAAUGUUAAUAAUAAAAUAAUAAAAAACUAUAAAAUUCUUAA